AGCAAAGCAACCAUCAGAAAAACGUGGAAAUGAAAUUAUUAAUUUUAUAAAGUUUGUUCCCAAAAAUGAUGCUAACUACGCAACAAACAAAGCAAAAAGCAUAGAGGAUAGUGGAUCGAUUAUACCCAACCACUGAUUUCGAUUUCUCACUCGCACACAAUCAUCUCCCGCUAUAUCGCGUACAUAAAUAAAUAGUAACAGAAAUGAACAAGAAAACUUUAUCAAUUUUGAUGCGCGCCAGAAUGAAGCCUAAUGAUCGACCUAACCUUUCUAUCUCUCCUUUUCCUCUAACUGUUUAACGCGGCGAGUAAAAUGCAUCAGAAUAAUAAUUCAAAGGAAAAUAAAUCGGCAGGAGAAGGAAAUUCAGCACCUAAUGAUUCCGGCAAAUCCGAGAGAGAGUUUAAGCGUGUUCAUGAUUCAAUGCAUUCUGCAAUUGCAAUGAACAAAACGGAAGUUCUAGAUGAUGUGCUUAAUAACUUCUCUGAGGGUUAUUUUACCCUUUCUCAUGAAAACCGUCGGAAGUUGCUCCUUGCUCUUGCUAGAGACUAUGAUCUCAAUAGAUUACAAGUUCGCGAACUGAUAAAACAAUACCUUGGUCUUGAAAUUCCUGCUGACAAAGCUCAAGUGAGUAGCUCUGAAGAAGAAGGCUUGUUUUCUUCUUUCUAUCGCAUUGAGUGGAAUUUGAGGCACGCCCUUCAGCCAGUUUAUGAAGUUCUCUUUGAUCGUCUCAACACUCACCCUGGAGGAUUGAGAUUCUUAUCCAUUCUUCGAGCAGAAAUCCUAUCUAUUCUCGCAGAGGAAAAUAUUGCUUCUCUGAGAGCAUUGGAUUCGUAUUUAAAAGAAAAACUUAGUACGUGGCUUAGUCCGGCUGCAUUAGAGCUUCACCAAAUUACAUGGGAUGAUCCUGCUUCUCUUCUGGAGAAAAUUGUUGCUUAUGAAGCUGUGCACCCUAUUAGCAACCUUCUAGAUCUUAAGAGAAGGCUGGGAAUUGGCCGUCGUUGUUUUGGAUAUUUACAUCCCGCAAUUCCUGGUGAACCUUUAAUUUUCAUUGAAGUUGCACUAAUGAAGAAUGUGGCUCAAACUAUACAGGAAGUUUUGUGGGAUAGUCCUCCUAUUCCUGAAAGUGAGGCAACGUGUGCAUUGUUCUACUCUAUAUCAUCAGCACAGCCUGGCUUAGCAGGGAUCAACUUGGGAAAGUUUCUUAUCAAACGUGUUGUAAAACUGGUGAAAAGAGAGAUGCCACAUAUUUCUACCUUUGCAACUCUCAGUCCCAUCCCAGGAUUCAUGACAUGGCUCUUAUCCAAGUUGGCAUCUCAAACAGUGCUUGCUGAAGGAGACAUGCAACAACCAGUGACCGAGCGGUCUGGUUCCACAUUCUAUGAGAAUAUACUUACAUCAGAAGAAGAAGAAGCACUUAUGAGUUUGCCCAAAGAUAUUGCCACGGGGAAAAACGGAAUGGAAGUGAUGUUCAACCUGCUUACUUCUACCUCCUACAAAUGGAUCCAUUCUCCAGAGCUUGUGUCAGCACUAGAACCCCCAUUGAUGCGUUUAUGUGCCAGAUACCUUCUGCAAGAGAAGAAGAGAGGAAAAGCUUUGGACUCUGUAGCAAAUUUUCACUUGCAAAAUGGAGCGAUGGUUGAAAGAAUAAAUUGGUCGGCAGACCGAUCAGAAAAAGGUCUUUCUCAAAGUGGAGGCAUCAUGGUGAACUAUGUCUAUAGUCUGGAUAACAUAGAAGAAUAUGCCCAUUCAUACUUCAGCAACGGUGCAAUCCAGGCUUCAAGUGAUCUUCAUCGCUAUCUUGAGCCACACAGUGACAAAUAAUCAAGAAGUCUUCGGCUCAGAGUACACUGGACCGUUUUAUCGAAACAAUGGAAUAGAUGCAUAUAAGUCCGAAAUUGAGGAAGCUUGUAGUUUUAAUUGUGGAUAUUUUCUGUACAGAUAAUUCAAUGCCACUGAAUAGGUAUCUAAUCCAAUUCGUUGGUGAAAUCCGAUAGGAGACAGAAUCCUAAACUUCCGUAUUGUUUUGCCAUUGAUGAUGCUACUCUUACAUGAGGUAGGUAUAAUAAAAGCUAGGAUUAACAGUUACAGCUUGGGACACCUCAAGCAUUACAAUGUGAUGUGUAAAUACUAUUCUGAAAACGGACCCUAUCCUUUAGUGAAGUGUGGGGGUGUAACUGAAAUUCAAUUUGGUUGGAGAUCAUUAAUGAAGUAUUGGCUAUCGCAGAGGAAGUUCCUCCUUGGACAUUAAAAA